CUGAGGCGGGCCCAGUCAUGGCGGCGGUUGGGCCUGAGGCGAUGGCGUCGGGCCUCAGCGACGAGGCCGCCUUCGCCCUCUGCUCCGACCCAGACCCCAGCACCAAGGAUUUCCUCCUGCAGCAGACAAUGCUAAGAAUAAAGGAUCCGAAGAAGUCACUGGAUUUCUACACAAGAGUUCUCGGAAUGACGCUUCUCCAGAAAUUUGAUUUUCCCACGAUGAAGUUUUCACUUUAUUUUCUGGCUUUUGAGGAUAAAAACGAGAUCCCCAAAGACGAAAAUGAAAGAACGGCGUGGACUUUUUCCAGGAAAGCUACGCUUGAGUUAACCCAUAAUUGGGGCACCGAGAAAGACGAAAAUCAGGCUUACCACAAUAGUAACUCAGACCCUCGAGGAUUUGGUCACAUUGGGAUUGCUGUUCCUGAUGUGCAAAGUGCUUGCAAAAGAUUUGAGGACCUAGGAGUAAAAUUUGUGAAGAAACCGGAUGAUGGAAAAAUGAAAGGCCUGGCAUUUAUUCAGGAUCCCGAUGGCUACUGGAUUGAAAUUCUGAAUCCCAACUCCAUGAUAACCCUGACUUAAGUUUUGUGAGACUCAAGGAUGGAUUUACACAAUUGGAGGAAAUAGUUUUCACACAGUCACAAAGUUUACCCAAAGUGAAUUCGGCUGCCCUCUUGGACCCCCGCCUGGCUGAUUUGUUGGUUUUUGCCACCUGCCGCUGCUUUUAUUCUAAGUGAGCCUAGUUCAUCAAUCAAUCAGUGGUAUGUAUUGAGUGCUUUCUGUGUGCAGAGCACUGUACUAAGCACUUGGGAGAGUCCAGUAUAACCAUUUGUAGACACGUUCCUUGUCCACCACAAGCUGAUUAAUCUACAGAGGUCAUCAUAAGUGGGGCUUCUCACAAGGCUCUUCUAGGGUAUAGCCAUUACUACGUAGUUAAGCUGCUUUUCCUUUUAUCAAUCGAUGGUCACGAUUGCGCCCUGCACUGCAGGUAGUAAUCGGUCCCCUUUCCGCUGCAAGACUGACUUCUUUUGAAUCUUGUUCCUCAAAAAGACCAUUUCUUUUUUUAUGUCCUGCCUCUGAACCUUUCAUUAACACGCUUUCAUUCCUUCCCAGGACACUCAGAAAUAACUAUUAGGGGAAAAGGGAAAGGGCAUACUGGGAAACUGGGUGACUUCAGAAAAGAACAAAGCAUAUUUUUAAAGGUUGAGCGGGUGACGAUGAGUUGUCCUAAAUAGAAAAUGCCUGCAGGAGCAGCUUUAAGACUGCUGGAGAUAUUGUUAUUAAUAACACUAAUAAUAAUAAUGAUGCCAUUUUCCUUCUAAGCUUUUAAUGUUAAUUGGACACUAUUUUAAGAGAAGGAAAUGAAGACCAUUCUGAAACCCUAGCUGUGCUGAGGCACAAUUUUGACAUACUUAUUCUGGCAGAGGCAUUGAGAUCGUGUUACAGUUUAAAAAUAUUUUUGACAAGUGAACGAUAUACACGUUAUCUAGUACUUGUAAAUACCUCUUCCGGUAGCCUCAUUAAAAAAAAUCUUUCUUUAGAGAACUGGAAUUUUUUUAUUUUUAAUUUAUUUGGUCAGCCAGCAGGCGUGAGCAACAGUGAGCAAGAAUUAAGGGCAGAGGCAAACUAGAGACAAUUUUGGAAAAAGUGGCUUUAGGAAUACAUUAGGGAACACCUGGUUAUUACUUAAAAACAGCUCCAAUAUGGAGAACCGUUCACUAUCAGUAGCAUUGAAUUCCAAUUCUCAACUGUCAACUAGAUAUUUUUCUAACCAAGUCAUCUUGAUCACCAUUAUAAUCCUAAAUAAUAGUAGAAAUUCUGUCUGAAGUUCUGUUGAAUUUAGGCAGCCUGUCGAAUGUAAUAGAGUCCUUGAUGGUAAUUUAUUGGAUGUGUUACUAGAGUGAAUUUAUCAUUUCUGUUUGUGGGGAAUAAACCUGAGUGAUUAAUCUGAAACCGG